AUGGUCUGGGUGGUUGCACAGUCACGGAGCCAGUCCAUUCCAGGGUUAGGACCAGCCCUGUUGAUUUACUAUCCCCCUUACUUUCGGCAGGAGAAGACAGGUAGCGUUGGUAGUCAGAUCGAUCCACUAACCGAGCUAGCGACAGCCGAAAGACUGGACGAUGACGGAGCAAAAUUAUUGAGAAUGAAUGAUGGAGAGUACGUCGAAAUUCUGCGGAUGAAGCUUAACAGAGUCGUUACUCGGGCGGAGAAGGUAUCCUAUGCGCGUGAUGGGUACCUGGCUGCGGAGGUGGCCAGUCAGAAGCAGUCUCCUGACAUAAGCCGCUCUCAUACCGUAAAGGGGAAUGGCUUAGGCUACAACCCAAAUGAGGGUCUCCCAUAUUCGGGAAGAACGCUGUGGAUAGAGGCAGGCGGUUUCCUGGACCAACCUAUGCACCCCAAGAAGCAGUGGGCCUCCACGAGUAUCACGCGCACAGCAAGUAGACAGGAUGGUACCGAAGGCUUUCGGAAUAAUCCAGACCAUCUAAUGGCUGGGAGAGCUGGCGCAUCCGUAGGUGUCAGAUCAUUCGUGUUUCCGAAAGAGUCUGGGAGUGCAAGCGCCAUCAGUCAAGGUAGCGAGCCUGGAAGCAUUGAGUUGGAGGGCGAAGAGAGAGCGUAUGCAAAAGGAUUAUCUGCCACUGAGCUCGUUGUAGAAGUGGGGGUUUGA